CCUUUUGCGUGCAAGUAUGCUAUGCUAAAAAGUAAAAUUAAAAAGAUGAGGCAAAUUUUUCUAUAUUUUUGCUCACGUUUUACACAAAACUUUUGCUCCAUCUUUUUAAUUUUAUUUUAUCUAGCUUUAAUUCAUGUCACAACUUCCAAUCAUGAGUGCCAAGAAAAAGGAAAAAAGUGAAUGGUCAUUUUGUGGAGUAUGUGAUAGUCAUUACCCAAGACUUGUUUUCAACAAACAUUUAAAGCUUUGCUCAGAAUCAAAGGAGUCUGUUAGCGAGACAAGCAUAAAUAGUUUUGUUUUUGUUGAUUCUGGAUUUGUAAGCAACUCCGUAUUGCAUGGUAAAACCAGGUGUUGUGAAAAUGAAGAGUUUAAAGUACCAAGCAACAAAAACGAUCUUGUCUUUCUACACCCUUCUACAAUCAAGCUUUGUAACUUACAAGUAGCUUGCUCGGUUAUGAUAUCAUUUGGUUUGCACAAAACAUAUGGUACUGUCUGGCCUUUGUCUUCUAUUCCUGUUGAUGUUAUUGGUGUCAAAAGCGUUAAGAUAAAAUCUCUACAUGUUGCUGAAGGUGACUUUAUAAUGGUGCAAAAAAAUGAAUGCUUCUCUGUGGUUGCAAGGGAAGUUAUUUUAAACCCCUUAUGUGAUAAGGGGUCAGAAAACUUUGACAUGUUAGUGGACACAUUGCUGCAGGAAUUAGAUGAUACUAUUAUUGUUCACGAUGAUGUUAUUCAAUGUACAUAUUAUGGUGAAGAAAUGGAAUUUAAAAUUUUUGAUGUAGUUCAUGACUUAGAUGUUUCACGAGAAAGCAAAAAUAAAGAAGUUAAGAACCUUUGUGAUGAUCUUACUGGUUUGUCUAUAACAAAAAGUAACCAAAAUCAAUCUAUUGUGGCCAGCACACCAGUGAAAAAUGGAAAAGAAAGUAAACAGGAAUACUUUGUUAAUAAUUUUGUUUUAUGUGCAAUGUUUUCUGAAACAAAAAUCAGUAAAAUCGAUAUGCAAAAUACAGCUGAAAAAACAAACACCGAGGUAGAAUGCAGAAAUGGCCUUGAUAAAGUUGGUGGAAUGGUGCAACAAAAGAAGUUAUUGCAAGAUUCAAUCACAACUCCUUUUAAAUUUCCAUCUUUGUACAAGAGUGCUCAUGUAUCACCUUCAAAUGGUAUUAUUUUAUAUGGACCAAGUGGUGUUGGUAAAACUUUCCUUGCUCACAGCUUUGCAAAAACUUUAACAAAUGUGCAUUGUAGUGUUAUCAAUGGACCUGAACUGACAAGCAAAUACUUUGGUGAAACUGAAAAAAAACUUCGCACUAUAUUCAACAAAGCUGUAGUCUCAGCGCCAUCUAUUCUUAUUAUGGAUGAAUUUGAUACCAUCUGUCCUGUCCGUACAACAUCCAGUAAUGAGUCUGAAAAAAGAAUAAUAUCUACCUUAGCAUCGCUUAUGGAUAGUUUGGAUCCCAAUAUUCCUUUUGUUGUAAUUGCGAUCACAAAUAAAUUGGAUGCUAUUGAUUUAAUGUUGCGAAGACCUGGAAGAUUUGAUUGUGAAAUCGAGGUAGCCGUACCGAAUGUAACUGAACGUUUAGAUAUACUGCACAAGUUGUUAUGUGAUUCUAAGCACAAGUUGUCUGACAAAGAUUUCAUUGAAUUGUCGGAGAUUACACAUGGCUAUGUUGGCGCUGACUUAGCAGCUUUGUGUAAAGAAUCUGGAAUGAUGGCUCUCAAUGAAUUCUUGAAAAGCCACAAGAUUGACAGCGAUUUUAUGUUUGGGUCUGAUUUCUUUAUUAGUUUGGCCAAUUUUAAGACAGCUUUAUGUAAGAUCAGUCCAAGUGCUAUGAAAGAAUUGACUGUUGAUAUUCCGAAAGUUUAUUGGACUGAUGUUGGUGGACAAAAUAAUGUCAAGCAAAAGUUGAAAGAAGCUAUUGAAUGGCCUCUUAAACACCCAGAAGUUUUUAAGAGACUUGGUAUUAGCCCGCCAAAGGGGCUGCUUAUGUAUGGUCCACCAGGAUGUUCGAAAACACUUAUGGCAAAAGCUCUUGCAACUGAGAGUGGGUUAAAUUUUAUUUCAAUUAAGGGGCCUGAGAUUUUUAAUAAGUAUCUUGGCGAGUCGGAACGGGCAAUAAGAGAUAUAUUUCAUAAAGCUAGAGUAGCUGCCCCAUCCAUCGUGUUCUUUGAUGAAAUAGAUGCAAUCGGAGUUCAGCGUUCCGGUUCAGAUAGUGGAAGUGGAAAUGUAGCAGAUCGUGUUCUUGCGCAGAUAUUAACAGAAUUAGAUGGUGUUGAAUCCUUAAAAGGUGUUAUUAUCAUUGCAGCUACAAACCGACCUGAUAUUAUUGAUUCUGCUUUGUUAAGACCAGGUCGGAUUGACCGACUGAUUCACGUACCGUUGCCAGAUGAGCAAACACGCAAAGAAAUUUUCGAAAUUCAGUUUCGCACCAUUCCAAUUUCUGCAGAUGUGUCUAUUGAUGGGUUGAUAGAAUUAUCAAAUGGAUACUCGGGUGCAGAAAUAUGUUCUAUGUGCAGAGAAGCUGCCAUUUUUGCUUUACGUGAAGACUUUAACAGUUCUGACGUCAAGCAACAUCAUUUCGAAUCUGUGUUUAAUCAAAUCAAACCAGCUACUAGCAAAAAAAUGUUAAAAUUUUAUGACGAGUUUGCUUUGCAAACCACAGGCACAUUUUAAUGUUUUUACUUGAAUCCACAUUUUGUAAUUUCUCACGUUUAGAGAAUGUAUUGAGUUUUCGAUUGUGCUGCUUAUAUUCAAACUUAUAUGUUUAGCAUAAAUAAAAAGAGUAAAACUAGUACAAAUUUUCAUUUACUUUCAUCUUAAUCAAUUUUCUCUUGCCUCUUUUUUUGUUCUUACGCUAGGAAUGGAAGCACCAGGUAUUAGUUUUAAACUCUGCCUCUGCCAACCACUGUGACUCUUUUUUUUCUCUUUCUCUUUAUAUUUGCCAGCUUAUUUCGCAUUUAUGUAUAUUUUGUUAACUUUCUUUGAUAUUAUGUUACUGGUUCAUUUAAUUUGCGAUACAGGUUCGUGUAGAAUUUCUUGACGAUACUAAUCGUAGCAUCAUCCGAAA